CACACACACAACAUCACCGCCGUCCUGCCUUCGCAAAUGCACCAUCGUUGUGGUCCGGUGAAAGCACGUCGAUUCAAAGGUAUGAAACAAAAGGAUAAAAGCUAAAGGAGACAUUGUCCACGUCCUCAUCAAGAGAUACGGCUGAGCCUGGGGGAAGGAUCGGAGAAGCUGAGUAAAGCCUCAACGAGAGAUCGCCGCACUCGGUUGCUGUCCAGCACUAGGCCUUUGCGCAGCGCACACCCAGAUCCCCCAGCUCGCCGCCCGCUUCACCCUCAUCCUCACUUUUGCACCAACUUCCACGCCUCAAGGUAUCACUGUCGACUCAGUCUACCUUCAAUUGUUGCUUGCAAUCAGCCAGCCCUCGGCCAGCAGCAACAUGAGCAUCACAGCCGGCUCCCGAAAGAUGGCUCUCAACCCCAUUUGCACGAGCGCGGACAUGUGCUUUGCAUCUACGCUGGACAUCAUCUUUCCAUCACCGACGUCACCCUCUACGGAGCUGCCCUCGUCGCUGCAGUAUGUCAAGAUUGCGCCUGGAGUCUCUCGUCCGCGUGGUGCCUACCUCCUGCGCCAGCAGCCGUCUAGUCAGCGCGGCCGCGCCAGAGGACUAUGGUCGUCCAUACGCUACGUUACGUCGGUUGCACCCAGCGCGCUGCCGCCUCAGCCCUCACCGGCCCACCCGACGUCUCCAAGUCCGCGGAAGCAGCAGAGCGACAACGCCGCCAGAAUGAGCGACGCUCCCUACCCCGACAUCGUCGUACGCGCCGUUGCCACGGGCAGCACCGUGUACUUCACCAACGAGGACCUCAUCUUUCAUCGCACGAGUUGGCCGCUGAGGCCAUAUUGCGACUUCACCACUUACGGCUGCUUCCCUCGCGGGCAGGCAGAUGUGGCGCCUCUCCCCGCAGCGGUUCAGUCGGUCAGAGUCGAGUCCGGGCCACUGCUCCCUCAAGGCGGCUAUCUCAUCCGCCAGCUCGUCCCCACCCUCUGGAUGCUUUACCAGCCGCAUCAAGACGUCGCUGCUGCUGCCUCAGUGGCUCAGCAGCAGCCCGCCAGCAGCGCCCGUGCUCAGUCUGCCAGCAGCGGGCCCUCACACAAGGCAACGCAGCAGCAGCAGCAGCAGCAGCAGCAACAAAGAGGGGCCGAGGAGGACGCCUCGCCAAAGAGGAGGAAGAUCGACGGCGGCAGCUCGCGCGACGACGACAAGCGCAACGACGAUCACGGCGACGAGCACAACGACACCCUCGGCUUUAAGCCGCUCAUGAGCAUCAGCGUGGAUGAGGCGCCUGGCACUUACAACCCGCGCCAUUACAGCAAGAUCAUCAAGAUCGGCCGUAAUGGCUUCUGCGGUUACAACGCCGUGCUCUACGGGCUGGGCCGCGCGAGGAACGCCAAGGAGCUCAAGGUGCUGUGCGAGGAGUUGCUCAAGCUCGCCUCCGCCUACUGGUUCUCCGGCGCUAUGCAGCCUGUCGUCGCAGAGCGCUACAGCUGCGUCGUAUCCUGCCUGGACCUCAACAAGGGUCCCAAGUCCUCCUCCUCCGCCCUCCCUGUCCGCUUCGAGCAGAUCUACCCAGCAAUGGGACUGCUCUACGACGACACAGAGGGCGCCGAGCACUACGACGCCGUCGACCUCGUCGAGCCUCUCGCGCCUCCUCGCGGCAUACACUGGGACAAGAUGGGCAAGGUCUCCUGCGACUCGGAGGAGCACGGCGAUCUUCACGUCGCCUGCUCGUUCGAGACGAGGAUGCAGCCUGGAGACGCUUGCCUGGGCCCAGACGGGUGCCACUGCCUGGCGCGGCAGGGAUGGGUCGACCCAGAGCCGCCAGUCGACCUUACCAAGGACAGCGUUGAGGAACCCGCGCAGAGCACCAAGAGCGGCACAGCGAGCAGCAAGGAGGGAGAGUCGUCGAGCGGCGUGGCGCUAAAGAAGGAGGAGGGUCCUUUAAGCAGCGCGAGGUACAGGAUCGGAAGCGCGCACAGCGGAAAGAAGAAGGGUAAGAGGAGCAAGAACGACCACGACGACGGCGACGACGACGACGCCCAGGCAUACCGCCCUCAGCCCCUUGUCAGCAUCGAUCUGGAAGAGCCGCCCAGCCUCUACAAUGCUCGUCAUUACAAGAGCAUUGUCAAGAUCGACCGCAACGGCUUCUGCGGGUACCACGCCGUCUUCUACGGACUUGGAAGGAAGCGCACGCCCAGCAGCGUGCAGAAGCUCUGCAAAGAGCUCAGCGAUUUCAUCUCCGUUCCCGCCAACCGCGCUCUGUUCCCCCUUUACGACGACAAAGCCUGGAGCGACAUGCGGACGCGCCCUACGGUCCCCCACAACCACGCUCCUGACGCCGCGCUCAUUUCCUCGUUUUGGUUCUCCGGGGCUAUGCAGCCCGUCGUAGCCGAGCGCUACAGCUGCAUAGUGUCCUGCCUGGACAGGAACAAGGGACCACGCGGAUCUUGCUCGUACCUGCCGACCAGCCUUCGCGACGGCCAGCUCUUUCCUCUCGUCGGCCUGCUUUACGACGACGAGCCAAGCGCAGAGCACUACGACGCUUUUGAGUGCGAUGAGGAGGAUCCCGGCGCACUGGCAUCACCCCGGAGCAGGCACUGGGACAAGCUGGGUCACAAAUUUUGCGCAUCUGAGGAGCACCGCGGCAUCCAUGAGAUGCACUCCUUCGAGACGCGUGUUCAGGCGGGCGAUCCAGACAUGGAGCAGGCCUGCCAUUGCCUGCUGCGCAAGGGAUGGAAAGACCCCGAGGGAGUCAUCGCUUUGAGCGACAGCGAGUCGUCGUCGGCACAAGCAAAGGCACAGGCACGCACAAGCUCGAUCGCGCCCAAGACGAGCGGCCAGGGGGGUUUUUCAGCCCCAGUUUCGGCCAAGGCAAAGGCUAGCAGGACGG